AUGAAUUUAAUAGCCAAUACUCCUAAACUGCGGAAUGCAAUUGUAUUCGACAUUAUCCUGCCCCAUGAGAUUAGGGGUGAGGUGGUAAGCCGAAUGGAGGAAACGGAAAGCCUUCUUAAAACCUAUGGAGGUAUAACUCAUUACAAAAUUAUUCAGAGACGAUUCCAUGCUUCCCGCAACUCUUACAUUGGUCUUAGCAAGUUAGAAGAACUUUUAGAAUUGGGAGAUGAGAUCAAAGCGGAUCUAUUAAUUAUUAACGAUACCCUUCUACUAAGGCAGAUUUAUGCCAUUGAAGAAAUCAUUGAAAAAAAGAAAAAGAAAAUUGAGGUUUGGGAUCGCGUUGACUUGAUCUUGAUGAUUUUUUCCAAGCAUGCUAAAACAGCCGAAGCCAAAUUGCAAUUAGAAUUGGCUCGCAUUGAACAUUUCGGACCACGCAUUUACGGGAUGGGCACCGAAUUGAGUCAACAAGGUGCUGGAAUUGGAACACGGGGAACUGGUGAGACCAAUACAGAAAUAAUGAAGCGUCACUUAUCUAAGCAGAAGAAAAUUAUUAAGGAUCGGUUAAAAAAAUUGGAGGGCUUGAGAAACAACAAUUUAAAAAGACGCAAAAAAAAUGGUUUCAAGUGCAUCUCCAUUGUGGGGUAUACCAAUGCUGGAAAAUCCCAUCUUUUCACAACCUUGAGCAAACGCAAUGUUUUGAUAAAAGAUGAGUUGUUUGCGACUUUAGACACUACCACCACGCGUCUUUACCUUUCCAAGACGCAACAAACCGUCUUGAUUUCUGAUACGAUUGGAUUCAUCCGCAACCUACCCCCCACAUUGAUCAAUGCCUUCAAAUCCACCCUUCUUGAAACCAUUGAGUCUGACCUCCUCAUCCAAGUGAUUGAUACCAGCGACGAGGAAUUCAUCAGUAAAAUUAAGUUUGUUGAAGAGAUCAUUCAUGAUAUUAAUGCUCAAUCCAUUCCUAUGUUAUAUUUAUUCAAUAAAGUGGAUCUCUUAGGUGAAGAAAAAAUUGCAGAGGUCAAAAAAUGGGUGGACACUUAUUCUGGCAUCAUGAUUUCAGCCAAAGAAAAUAUUAAUUUGGAUCUUGUAAAAAAAAGAAUUGAACAAAUCCUAUUUCCCGAUCUGAUCCACUCAAUGAGAUUAAAAGAAGAAAAAUCUCUAAUGUCCUAA